CAGUGCGUGGCCAGUAUCAGCGACGACUACAUACCAUAUCAGAACAAUAACAGUAAAAAUAACAAUAAUAACAAUAAUAUCAACAGUGACUGUGUAUUGUCGCAAAGACGACUUGGUCGCCUGCACAGUACGACUUUCAAUUUACAGCUUACCCGACAAGCAAUGGUCACAGGACGCCAAGAAGUGAUUAACUUGUACAAGACUCUCCUUUAUAUGGGACGAGACUAUCCUCAGGGCUAUGACUUUUUCCGUUUGCGGUUGAAAAAAGCUUUCCAACGUAACAGUGACGUCAGUGAUCCCGAACAAAUAAAAAUGCUAGUCAAACGUGGCGAGUUUGUUGUCAAAGAGAUUGAAGCUCUCUACAUGCUUAAAAAAUACAGAACAUUAAAAGAUAGAUAUUCUACAGAAAAGGAUCAAUCAUAAUCAAUAGAACUAUUUUUUAGUUUAUAUUUAUAUAUAUAUAUACUAUAUUGUUAUUAUAAAAAUUUUAUUGUGUACAGUUUUUUUUUAUAUGUAGUUUAAGCUUACAAACAA